AUGCGGCUUCUGCUGUGCCUGGCAUGGCGCCUUCUCGCUACAACCUCUAGCGAACCGUCGCAGGGAGUGCCAAAGCUGGCAAAGGCCAACGGCACCGUGACGUUCAUGAAUUGGGUGAUGCUCGACCCAGCAUCGAGCCAAGCCUUUGGCCGUGCCUCCCGGCAACAUGUUCGCGAGUUUUUACCCAGCUACGUCCAUAUGUACUCGGCAGGCAAAGCCCAGGAGCUAAUGCCAGACCCCUUCUCCGACGCAUCCACCUUGGAGGGCAGUCCUGACGCAGGGGCGAGGCAAGAUCCGGUCCCCGAAGCCAGAGCCGUACCCAGAGGUUAUCCUUCGUCGAAUGCUUCACCGAAUGGCUCGCCGAAUGGUUCGCCGAAUGGUUCGCCGAAAGCAGCGAAGGCUACGCCCGCGGACUUGCCGUGCCGGUUUGAGGAAGAUCAUGAUUACAUCGGCAUUGAUGCGAUAACUGUCCCAAACAGCAACAAAGAGGAUUGCUGCCGGGCAUGCCGUCAUCUCAACCGGCGGAAAGCUGGCAACUGUCGUGUGGCGGUGCUCAGCUCACCGACGGAUGAUCCGCCCAAUGCAUGCUGGAUCAAGACAUACAUCCAAGAUGCCAAAGUUAAGAAAGGCGUUGUGGCCUGUGUUCCCACAGAAGCCAGGUCCAGUCCAUACGGUCGAUAG